AUGCAGAGCCGCGGCGGGCGCGCGGCCCAGGCAACCCCGCGCCUGCUCGCGCUGCCCGCCAUCGCCAGCCCCAUCCCGGUUCUCGAGGACGGGCCGUGGAAGACCGUGUGCGUGAAGGAGCUGAACGACAUCAAACUCAAGAAGGAAGACAGGGAGCCGACAUGACGCGCGAACAGCUGUAAAACCCGAUUGGACUUGGAAAGCUACUCCAGGCACGGCGCCACCGCCUGUAACGGGCUGCUGACAGGACCAAGCCAGCCAGUCCUGACCCCAGUGCCAGGAACAGCGCCGGCGGUUCCCUCAGGUGGGGGUGCGGACCCAGCCGGGGAGCGCCGGGGCGCCCGAGCGUCGGAGGUCUCGGACGCGCGGAAACGCGGCUUCGCCUUGGGCGCAGUGGGGCCGGGACUCCCCACGCCGCCGCCGCCGCCGCCGCCACCGCCGCCGGUUCCAGCGUCCCAGGGCCAAGUACCUGGGGGUCCCGAGGCGCAGCCUUUCCGGGAACCCGGCCUGCGUCCCCGCAUCUUGCUGUGCGCACCGCCUGCACGCCCCACGCCGUCGGCGCCCCCUGCGCCCCCGGAGUCUUCAGUGCGCCCGGCGCCCCCCACGCGCCCCGGGGAAAGUUCUUACUCGUCAAUUUCACACGUAAUUUACAAUAACCACCCGGAUUCCUCCGCGUCGCCUAGGAAACGGCCGGGCGAAGCGACCACCGCCGCUUCGGAGAUCAAAGCCCUGCAGCAGACCCGGAGGCUCCUAGCGAACGCCAGGGAGCGGACGCGGGUGCACACGAUCAGCGCAGCCUUCGAGGCGCUCAGGAAGCAGGUGCCGUGUUACUCAUAUGGGCAGAAGCUGUCCAAACUGGCCAUCCUGAGGAUUGCCUGUAACUACAUCCUGUCCCUGGCGCGGCUGGCUGACCUUGACUACAGUGCCGACCACAGCAACCUCAGCUUCUCCGAGUGUGUGCAGCGCUGCACCCGCACCCUGCAGGCCGAGGGACGUGCCAAGAAGCGUAAGGCCUGGGAGGACAGCGGUGGACAGGACGACGCGACCCCCUCCUUCCCUCGGGAGCUCGCACUCGAGCUCUCGCCCUCCUCGGACCCUACUUCCAGCCUUACCCCAGCCUCGCACCCUGGCCGCUGGCCAAGCCCGGCGCCCCAGGCCUGCGAGGCUCACCGGGGCCUGUGGAGUGACUGGCCCCGGUCUAGACCAAGGAUGCUUCCGUGGGCCCUCGUUCUGGUCAAGCCCGAGGAGAAGGUGACCAGCCUAAAGGGUCUUUGCUCCCCAGCCAGCCCAUCCAGCCACUCCUUGCCCAUGGCCCACCCUCCUGGCUGGGACAACAAGAUGGUGCCCUGCAUGAAGGCCAGUGCCUUCGAGGAGGAGGGGCAGGUCCCAGGGGCCAGAACAGGUAACAGCAUGCAGGGACUGUGCUGGGAGCUGGAGGAACCCACAGAGCCCCUCAUGCCCGUGAUCCAGGGCGGAGAUGUGGGCAAGUGCUGUGCUGUGGUCAGCCAUGACCCCAGACAAGCUCUGUUUGCCUUCCUGAAGCCGGGCACCCCCAAGGAACUUGUAUUUAUAAAUAACGACCUGGUUUUACAGAUAUUUGGGCACAUGUCUAAUCUCCAGAUGAGCUAUGAAUUCCUGGAAGGCAAAGAUUGGGUCUAA